UCGGACGAUCACAGCGGCUGGACAGCUGAGCCAGCAGUAGCUGUCAGACGUCACCGCUGGAAGCCAGCCGCUGAGAGCUUUCCCUAUCACGGCUGGAUACAACCACUCAGCCGAUUUCUGCUGAAUGCCAGCCGCUAUGGUCGUCCGAACGCACUGUUUUCAUUCAAAUCAAAAACUUUUGACAUUAUUGACAUUGACAUUUAACUGACAUUUUUUAAGUUUAAAAUGGAUUAUUUUCUUUUUAUUACCAAAUUUUAAAUUUACUGGAAUUGAAGAAUGCUAGUUCUUUAUUUCUAACAUUCAGUUGUAAUUUGAUGGUUAUCCUUCAGAAAUCCUUCUGUGGCUUUUUUCUUUUAUUCCAAAACAAAUAAGAAAUACAUAAACUGGUUGGUUAGAUGAUUUUGCCGUUAAGUUUCAAAUUCAAGUUGUACCAGUACCUAUAUAUUUUUUAUACAUAGUAUAAGCUAAAGUGGAACAAUGGAUGAAUCGGCCUUUAAGCCAGCAGUUUUUUCAACUGUCAGCAAAAAAAAGAUACCCAGAAAGUUAAUGGAAAGUAACACGUUUGAGGAAGGAAAUUCGAUAUUUUCAGUAAAUAAUACUCAACUAUCCGAGAAAAGUCAUUCAGAGAUAAACCACCAGUUAGAAGAACAAAGAAGUUUAGCAAAACAGUCUCUUCAAAGAGCAAACAAAGUCGCAGGUAUACCUUCCAAAUACUUUCGUGCUAACUUCAGUAAAUCAGAAACGACAACUAAUGUUUUUAAUGAAAGUACUGUUAGUGAGAGUGAUUUACUUCAAACGCCAAGGAAUGCUUCUACGCCCAGAAAUUCCAUAGCAGAUAAUUUUGAACAACUUUCUCUUAAGGUAACCGAUGCCAACUUUAGCAUAGAUAAUGUUGUGGAUGAUAUUAUGAAGAUGGUGAAAAAUAGUGAUGAACAGAAAAGUAGCAUGUUCAGACCAGGAGAAGAAGCAGCCAGCAUGUUGUUAGCUGAUGAGUUGUCAUGGCGUAGAAAGAAUGAGGUACCUUUUCAAGAUGAAUUUUCUGAAAGGGGGUCUGUAGGCGAAUUUUUUCGUAAGAAAAGUGAGACGUUAUCAAACUUCUUACCAGGUGCUAGUCCUGAUACAACAAGAGAACCAGUUCCAUUAAUUGAACCUGAAGAUAGUAUUGUAGAGCAUGACCCUUGUGAUGAGCAUAAAAAGAGUUUGAGUAUUUCUCUAAUACAGAAGAUGUUGUCAGAUUCAAAUCUAACUCCUAAAACAGCCUGUGAUAAUAUUUUUAAGUUUGGUGAGAAGGUGAGUUUUGUUCCAAUUGAAAAUAAAUCAUAUUCUUUGCCUGGUAGUAGGAAUUUGUCAUAUACGAGCGAUCAUUCUGAAAAUGAUGCUAUAAAGCACAUCCAUAAUAAAGAAAAUAUAGAUUCUCUUAAUGUAAAGACCCCAUCAACACAGUUAUUAAUUUCACCUACCAGAUCAUCUUCUAGGACCUCAGGAACUUUCUCAAGAGCUUCAAGCUCUCUAUCUUCAUUGCAGAACGGAAAAUUACCUAUUGAAACUACUAAAUGUGAGUUAGUUUGGGGUUGUGUUAAGGUAGGAAAAUCGGUUACUCAGGAAUUUGGAAUAAGAAACAGAUCUUCCAAAAGAUUGGGCAUCCAAUUAUCUUUAUCUAGCCAAGAAUUUAAAAUUAGAAAAGAUAAUAGAAGUGAUAGUGAGCCUUGCAGUGUACUUAAACUUUUGCUUCAUCCUCAUGAAACUAGGUCUAUUAUAAUCUCGUUUAUUCCAACAAAAAAAGGGGCAGCUAUAGAUGAAUUGCUUUUUACUUCUUUGGAUCCAAAUUUAACACAGAGCAGAAAGCAGUGCAUGCGUCUAUUUGGUUAUGGAGGUUCAUUUAAAAUAGAUUUUUCUAAUGUAACUAGAGAUACCACAGGCAAAUUUUGGUUGUCUCUUGGUAAGUUAGAUGAUCGAGUUUCAAUAUCAUCAACUUUUAAAGUUAAAAAUAAAGGAGAUACACCAAUUUUUGUUUAUAUUUCGAUUCAGUCUUUAGAUUCUUGUAAACUUAGUGUUGCACCAAAUUUCUUUGUAGUGAUGCCUCAGACACACAAGGAAAUAGUUGUACGGUAUAGACCUUCAACUGAAGAUUAUAACUUCUUACAUAAAUCUGUUCUUAAUCAGUUGGUACUGGAUUUGGGUGUCCUUAAUGUUGUAGUUGGAACGGAAGUUGACAGAGGUAGAAUUAGAAAAGUUUAUGAAAAAUGUGUUGAAACAGGUUUUCAGAUAGACCAACUGACCAAUAUUAUUAAAGAAAAAGUGGAUAAUGAAGCAAUGCCAACAGAUUUAAUAAAAUUUGGAGAAUCUCCUAUCUAUUUGAAGGAACUUUUAAAGUUACUAAAUCGUUAUCAAAUUGUUUUAACUCUAGAAAGGGAUCCAGAGCAGACUAUUUUUCAACACUUUUCAGAUGAUUCAGGAUUGUAUCAGUCACUCUAUCAAGAUAAGACUGUAGUAUGUAAUAAAACUGGUGGAUUAAGCUGUUGCCAUGUUGCCCCAGCUAUUAUUUUAUUAACACUUCCAUACAAAUACAAAGAUAGUAUAUUUAUAAAGUCUGAUUCUGAUCAUAAACUGAAUUUUAAAGUGAGUGCUCAAGAUGAAUUAGAAGUGAAACCUAAAGAUGGAAGUAUAGAACCUCACAGUACCACUAUUUUAUCUGUAAAAUAUCAAACGUCAUCACCAGUAGAUAAAAAAACUUUGCUAAUUUUAAUCGACAUUGAAAAUGAAGUCUUUGAAGUUGUUGUUAAUGUGGACUGUUUAGGUCAAGUCAAGCAAAAAAAUAAAUCGUUUCUUAAAUGUGUAUAGACUGAAGAAUACCAUAAGUGUUUUAUUGGUUCGUAAUAUAUAAUUUUAUUAUUUUUUAUAAGACAAUUUUGCUAAAUUUUAUACUCCAAAUUAGUAAAAUUGUUAGAAACACUGUGUUUUGUUAAUGUUUACAGCACUUGUAUUGUAUUUAUGUAUUUUCUGUUUUAUACACUUGACGAAGAUGUUAAAUUGCGUAUUUUAUAAACUUUAUAUUCGAAAUAAAACUAGUGUCUGUAAAGGUAAAAAUAAAUGAGUUAUAUAUUUCGAUGUCAUAAAUAUUUAAUAUACUUUUUUUAUAUAAUAA